AAUCCACUCCAAUCCCACUCCCAUCACUCAAUUCUUUCCCAACAAUGAACUUACAAGUACAAACUCGCUCCCAAAUCCACGCGACUCCGCAUCCUCCGUUCCGGGGCCGGCCGUUUCUCUGCUCCGCCCAGCGGCGCCCGUGUCGAAGGCUCGCUGCCGCCGCAAACGGUGGAGCAAAGUUUGGUCUCCGAGUCUGUGGCAGUUCGAGUAGUAGAGGUGAGGAAUUGAGCAAAGUGGAAGAGCAGACGAAGAGGAGGGCGUAUCCUUUUCACGAAAUUGAGCCGCGGUGGCAGCGGUAUUGGGAGGAGAACCACACUUUCCGUACACCCGAUGAUGAUAUCGAUACGUCUAAACCCAAGUUCUACGUUCUCGACAUGUUCCCUUACCCUAGUGGAGCUGGGCUACAUGUCGGUCAUCCUCUUGGAUAUACAGCCACAGAUAUUCUUGCUAGAUUGAAACGCAUGCAAGGUUUCAAUGUUUUGCACCCGAUGGGAUGGGAUGCUUUUGGAUUACCUGCUGAGCAAUAUGCAAUUGAGACAGGAACCCACCCGAAGCUCACAACUUUGAGAAACAUUGACCGCUUCCGCUCCCAGCUUAAGUCAUUAGGCUUCUCAUAUGACUGGGACCGGGAAAUUUCCACAACAGAACCAGAAUACUACAAAUGGACACAAUGGAUUUUUCUGCAGCUUUUAAAGAGAGGGCUAGCAUACCAGGCUGAAGUGCCCGUCAACUGGUGCCCUGCUCUUGGGACUGUCUUGGCAAAUGAAGAGGUGGUCGACGGUGUAAGUGAACGUGGGGGUCAUCCUGUAAUAAGAAAGCCGAUGCGGCAAUGGAUUCUCAGGAUUACUGCAUAUGCUGACCGUCUCCUUGAUGAUCUAGAUGAUCUUGAUUGGCCUGAAAGCAUUAAGGAAAUGCAAAGGAACUGGAUAGGGAGGUCAGAAGGGGCUGAGGUGGACUUCUUUGUUCUUGACACUGAUGGACAAAACAGAGACAUGAAAAUCACUGUGUACACAACCAGGCCGGAUACCAUAUUUGGAGCAACCUAUUUAGUGCUGGCACCCGAGCAUUGUUUGUUAUCAUCUAUAGUAUCUGAGAGCCAAAGCAAAGAUGUGGAGGAAUACAAAGAGCUUGCCUCUAGAAAGAGUGACCUUGAGAGGACAGAGCUUCAGAAGGAAAAAACUGGAGUCUUCAGUGGUGGUUACGCAAGAAAUCCAGCAAAUGGCGAGGCUAUCCCUAUUUGGAUUGCAGACUAUGUUUUAGGGAGCUAUGGUACAGGAGCAAUAAUGGCUGUUCCUGCACAUGACAUUCGCGAUCAUGAGUUCGCUGGGAAGUUUGAUAUUCCUAUUCGAUGGGUUGUGGUGCCAGAUGGUGGAGGUUCCGGUAAUUCUGAAAGACCUUUCUCAGGUGAGGGUAUUUGUGUAAAUUCAUCAAGUCCAAGGUCAGGGCUGGACAUUAAUGGCUUUCCUAGCAAAGAAGCUGCUUGCAAAGUCAUUGAGUGGGUGGAGAAGACGGGAAACGGGAAUAAAAAGGUGAAUUACAAGUUGAGGGACUGGCUUUUUGCUCGGCAACGCUAUUGGGGGGAGCCCAUCCCAGUUCUUUUCUUGAAGGACACUGGUGAGGGCGUUCCACUUCCUGAAAGUGAGCUUCCUCUUACCCUUCCUGAGCUGGAUGAUUUUACUCCCACUGGGACGGGGGAACCACCACUUUCAAAAGCAGUAUCAUGGGUAGAUACCAGGGAUGCCUUGUCUGGAAAGCCUGCUCUUCGAGAAACAAACACCAUGCCACAGUGGGCUGGUUCGUGCUGGUACUAUCUUCGAUUUAUGGACCCCAAAAAUUCUGAAGCAUUGGUUGAUAAGAUGAAAGAAAUGUAUUGGAGCCCUGUUGAUGUGUAUGUUGGUGGUGCUGAACAUGCUGUUCUUCACUUACUUUAUUCGAGGUUCUGGCACAAGGUUCUUUAUGACAUUGGUGUUGUAUCAACCAAAGAACCCUUUAAAUGUGUCAUAAACCAGGGUAUUAUUCUUGGGGAGGUUCAAUACAUGGCGUGGAGAGAUUCAGAUGGGAGUUUUGUAUCGGCAGACUUUGUUGAUGUGUCGAGAGAGCAUCAUCAAGAAAGAAUAUCUGAGGAAAACGUGAUGAAAUCUGGUGAUUCUUUUGUUCUGAAAGACAAUCCUGAUAUCCGCUUGAUUGCUCGGGCUCAUAAAAUGAGCAAAAGUAGGGGAAAUGUUGUGAAUCCUGAUGAUGUCGUUUCUGAGUAUGGUGCAGACUCUCUUCGUUUAUAUGAGAUGUUCAUGGGCCCACUUAGAGACUCAAAAGCUUGGAAUACUGGUGGUAUUGAGGGUGUUCAUCGAUUUUUGGGGAGAGUUUGGAGACUGAUAGUUGGUUCACCUUUACCUGAUGGGACAUUUAUAUAUGGAACUAUGGCAACUGACGAUAAGCCUUCAAGGGAACAACUUUGUUGUCUCCAUAAAUGUAUCAGUAAGGUCACGGAAGAGAUUGAAGGGACACGGUUCAACACUGGAAUUUCUGCUAUGAUGGAGUUCAUUAAUGCAGCAUAUAAGUGGGAUAAACUUCCAAGGGCAGCCAUCGAGCCAUUUGUCCUAUUGCUUUCACCAUAUUCUCCUCACAUGGCUGAGGAGCUUUGGUUUCGCUUGGGACAUUCAAAUUCCUUGGCAUAUGAGUCUUUUCCAAAGGCUGAUCCUGCUUACCUUAAGGAGUCCACAGUGGUCCUACCAGUUCAGAUCAAUGGGAAGACACGGGGUACCAUUCAAAUUGAAGAAGGAUGUACAGAAGACGACGCUUUCAAACUGGCUUCAAUGGACGAGAAAGUCUCCAAGUAUUUAGAUGGGAGAACUGUUAGAAAGAGAAUUUAUGUAUCUGGUAAAAUUCUAAAUGUUAUAUUGGAGCCCCAAAACGUCAAGGCAGCCAUUCAGUAGGGGCUUGUAUAAUUACAUGGCAUACCACGCAA